UAAUAUCUUUGAUAUGAUUGUCUUUGAUCGAAAGUGAAGUGCGUGCCCGCGAAAUGUUUGUUGAUAUACAAGAGAUACGAAAUAAUCAUCGUAAUGUCUGGGGAACAGAAUGUCACUCAAAAUGAAGGUAAUGAAGACGAUUGGUGUGUUGAUUGUUCUGACGACGAAAAGUAUGGAGUUAAACCUAACGGUGACUGGUUUAUACCACGAGAAGAUGUAAUACAAAUGUUUGAAACACUGGAUAAAGAAAAAAUCCUGAAACUACAAUGGGAGUGUCCAGGAAAGCGUGCAUUGUCUCCUUCAGGAGACGAAAUAUACAAGGAAGGCGAAGAAGAAAUGUUGGAAUCCAAGCCUGAAGAGAAAUCUGACUUUGACUUCAGUGAUGAAAUGCCGACGGUUAACCCAGGCCCACUACCAACUCGUGGUGCACAACCAAUUGGUAGUGCCAAAAAGAAAACUACGAGUCUGGAUGGUAUACUAUCAAAUAUGCGCAGGCACCGACAGAUAGCAGAAAUGGAGAAACAAACAAGAACUCCUACCAAUCCCUCCCUGACAGAUCAGCAACAAAACCAGCAGCAGCAACAGCAACAGCAGCAGCAGCAGCAACAACAACAACAACAACAGCUACAACAACAACAGCCGUAGCAAUGUCAGUGACAUUUGUAAUUUUUUGGGCAUUCAAGUAAGCAGAAUUAAGCAAUUAGAUGAUUGUGACUAGAGUAAAUAUGGUAUUGUCAGGUGCAAGCCAUGUUGGUUCACUUUUGAAGAACAGUGCUCUCAGCAAAUCUUCAGUUUGUGGUUUUAUGUUAGAUUACUUGUUUAAUUUAUAGGAUGUUUCAUAAAAUUAAAAUAUAUGGUCAUCGGACAUUAAAUUUUAGUAAUAUAACUUUUGGAAUUAGUUACUACAUGUAUAAAAUUUAAGGUGCAUCAUGUGUCCAGUUUUGCUGUCUCAGAAUUACAUUCUGAAUCAUUCAAAACAAUUGAA